UCAGUUAUUUACUUAAAUAAAAGAGCAUAAGUUAAAACAUAUCACAUAACAUAUUUUCUUUUUAGCAUAAUGCUGUUAAAAUCACAAUUUCGUGUGUAAAGUGAAACGAAUUCGCCUGGUAGCAAACCGUAAAUUACGAGUGUGAAGUGCAGACUAAAAUUCCCGUAAUGAAAGUGUCACGAACUCUAAUCUUUGUAGGUUCACUGCUCCUGGUUCUCAGCAUCGUUUUGACCUACAAAUGGAUAGCAUACAAUCGUGCUUACCACAAAGCACACACAGAACCAAAGAAUACAACGAAGAAAGCAUUGGCACUUGAAAAAAAACCCAUCGAAAGACAAGUUAAGAAUAAGAAGCAAGUGCAGAAUGCCUUUCCCAAAAAAGCCGCUAAGUCGGUGGCCAACCAACCCAAGUUCAAAACGAACAAGAUUACUAGGAAAACUCCAGUAAUUCCCCUGCUCGAUGUGCUCAAGGCCAGAAAGCAGCCAAGUCGUGGACAGAGUAUAUUCUUCCAUGAAACCACGAACUUCAGGCGGAUAGAAAAGAGCGCAGUGGUCCAAUUGACGGCCCGGUCGGCCUGUGCCAUUGAAUCGGCCGCCCUUCACAAUCCAGGCCUCACUGUAUUUGUGCUCUUCGCCGGCGCCACUCAUCGUCCAUUAAGUGGAGAUCCGCUGAUCAAGGCUUUGCAUAAGUACAACAACAUACGACUGAGGCACCUCAACUUGUGGCGCUAUGCAGCCGGAACACCCAUCGCAAAAUGGCUAAAAAGUGGCAAGCUAUUCAAAUCGAAAUUUCUCUUUCCACAUGUCUCGGAUCUGCUGCGCUAUGUUACCCUGUACAAAUACGGCGGUCUCUACCUGGAUCUCGACGUGGUGGUUCAGCAGAAUCUGGAGAAGAUGCCACCGAACUUCACGGGUGCGGAGAGCAACACAUCCUUGGCCUGUGGCGUCAUGAAAAUGUCCUCCGGCGGUCUGGGCCACAAGAUAGCCACCAUGUGUCUAAAGGAUCUGGAGGCCAACUACAAUGGCGAUAAGUGGGGCACCAAUGGACCCGGGGUCAUAACCCGCGUGGCCAAGAAGCAAUGCAAAACAGAGAAUGUCAAGGCAAUGAUUAACAAUCCGAAACGCUGCAAUGGCUUCAGGGUCUACGAUCCAAGUGCAUUCUAUGCCAUACCCUGGCUGCAGUGGAAGGACUUCUUUCAGCCCAACAGACUCAACGUGACCAUGAGAAGAGUAUCCAAGUCUCCGGUGGUUCAUGUUUGGAACAAAUUCUCGAAGGCAUGGAAACUGAAAACGAAGGGCAGCUGCGCCUACACCGAACUGGCCAAAACUCACUGCCCCAGGUCGUUUGCAGCAGCGGGCCCAUUUUUUUGAUUAAUUCUAAGCUUCAGUUAGUAAGAAAUAAAUACCGAUUAAGUACGAAAUAUAUAAAAACUAUAUUUAUAAAAUUCCGCUUUAAAUCAUCACUUUCUGCCAAUGAAUAUAGCUAAUUAUAAUAGCUUUUAAAACAUUAACGCAAAAAUCCACCAAGCAAACAUGAAUCUGAAUCGGCUUAAAAUGAAAUAAAGCGAAUUACAUUUUUGAUUCAUAA